AUGGAGGGCGACGUGACGGACAAGCAGGAGGACAGUGCCUCCGUCUGCGAGUUCGACCCCAUCACGGGCAACAUCCCCGCGACCAAAGUGGAGAUCACCGUGUCUUGCAGGGACCUGUUAGAUCGAGACACAUUCUCCAAGUCAGACCCAAUGUGUGUCCUUUAUACACAAGGAGUAGAGUGCCAACAGUGGAGAGAGUUUGGCAGAACAGAAGUCAUUGACAACACGCUGAACCCCGACUUUGUCAGGAAGUACAUCCUGGACUACUUCUUUGAGGAGAAGCAGAAUCUGCGUUUUGACAUAUAUGACAUCGACUCGAAAAGCCCCGACCUGUCCAAGCAUCCGACCGAUUUCAACGACUUCCUGGGUCAGGCCUUCUGCACGUUGGGCGAGAUCGUGGGCUCGCCGGCCAGUCGCCUGGAAAAGCCUUUGGGGGGGAUUCCUGGGAAGUCGUGUGGCACCAUCAUUCUAACUGCUGAGGAACUUGGGAACUGCAGAGACUGUGCCACUAUGCAGUUCUGCGCCCACAAACUCGAUAAGAAGGAUUUCUUUGGCAGGUCCGACCCCUUCAUGGUCUUCUACAGGAGUAAUGAGGACGGAACGUUUACUAUCUGUCACAAGACAGAAGUGGUGAAGAACACGCUUAAUCCAGUGUGGCAGCCCUUUUCCAUUCCCGUCAGAGCACUCUGCAAUGGAGAUUAUGACAGGACGAUCAAGGUGGAGGUCUACGACUGGGACAGAGAUGGCAGCCACGACUUCAUUGGAGAGUUCACCACUAGCUUCAGGGAGCUCUCGCGGGGACAGAGCCAGUUCAACGUCUAUGAGGUGGUCAACGCCAAGAAGAAACUCAAGAAGCGACGCUACAUCAACUCAGGGACGGUGACUUUGCUGGCCUUCUCCGUGGAGUCGGAGCAUACGUUCCUGGACUACAUCAAAGCGGGAACGCAGAUCCAUUUUACAGUGGCUAUUGAUUUCACUGCUUCCAACGGGAACCCGUCCCAGUCCACGUCCUUGCACUACAUGAACCCGUACCAGAUGAAUGCCUAUGCCAUGGCCCUGAAGGCGGUGGGGGAGAUCAUCCAGGACUACGACAGCGAUAAGAUGUUCCCUGCCCUGGGCUUCGGGGCCAAGCUGCCCCCCGACGGCAGAGUCUCGCACGAGUUCCCACUGAAUGGCAAUGUGGACAACCCGUACUGUAAUGGGAUGGAGGGCAUCCUGGAAGCCUACCACCAGAGCCUGAAGACAGUACAGCUGUAUGGCCCCACCAACUUCGCUCCCAUUAUCAACCACGUUGCACAGUAUGCGGCGGCUGUCCAGGACGGUUCUCAGUACUUUGUCCUGCUCAUCAUCACAGACGGGGUCAUAUCCGACAUGGCCCAGACCAAAGAGGCCAUUGUUAAUGGUGCCAAACUUCCCAUGUCCAUUAUCAUUGUUGGAGUUGGCCAGGCUGAAUUUGACGCCAUGGUGGAACUGGACGGCGAUGACAUCCGAAUCUCAUCAAGAGGGAAGCUGGCGGAAAGAGACAUUGUUCAGUUUGUGCCAUUCAGAGACUACAUGGACCGCACGGGUAACCACGUGCUGAGCAUGGCUCGCUUGGCCAAGGACGUGCUGGCCGAGAUCCCAGACCAGCUCAUCUCCUACAUGAAGUCCAAGGGCAUCAAGCCGCACCACACACCCACAGACUGCUCGCCCUCCGCCCCCUCCUCGCCUGUGGCCGUAUGA